ACUGCACUUGACUGACUGGACAGAGCUCAUCUCUAGAAACAAUAUCAACAUUUUAAAUCUGCAAAGAUGCCGUGUAUCACUGCUACUCUUGAUCAAAUGGCAGACAGUCCCACUCACUACAACUCAGCUAUCAUUGAAAGAGUUCUUAUGAUAGAGGAAAUUCUGUCCAAAUUCAGGCUGAACAAAGAAGAACUUGAAGAGGUGAUGAAUAGAAUGCAGCUAGAGAUGGAAAGAGGUCUCCGUAUAGAAACCCACGAAGAGGCCAGUGUCAAAAUGCUUCCCACCUACGUCUGUUCCACCCCAGAAGGAUCAGAGGUUGGCGACUUCUUGGCUCUGGACCUGGGAGGCACAAAUUUCCGUGUCAUGCUGGUUAAAGUGGGAAAGGAUGAAGACAGGAGCUGGAAAAUUGAAACUAAAAACCAGAUGUACUCCAUCCCAGAAGACGCCAUGACUGGGACAGCAGAAAUGUUAUUUGACUACAUUGCAGAGUGUAUGUCAGACUUUUUGGGCAAACACCACAUCAAGCACAAAAAGCUUCCUUUGGGGUUCACCUUCUCCUUUCCUGUGAGACACGAGGAUUUGGACAAGGGCAUCCUGCUCAACUGGACAAAGGGCUUCAAGGCGUCCGGUGCUGAGGGCAACAAUGUGGUGGGCCUGCUCAGGGAUGCAAUAAAGAGACGUGGCGAAUUUGAAAUGGAUGUUGUCGCAAUGGUGAAUGACACUGUGGCCACCAUGAUCUCCUGCUACUAUGAAGAUCGUAGCUGUGAAGUUGGCAUGAUCGUUGGGACUGGAUGUAACGCGUGUUAUAUGGAAGAGAUGAGGACUGUGGAGUUGGUGGAGGGGGAGGAGGGGCGUAUGUGCGUGAAUACUGAGUGGGGGGCGUUUGGUGACAAUGGUGAGCUGGAGGAGUUCAGACUCGAGUACGACAGAGUGGUGGACGCGGCCUCCAUUAACCCCGGACAGCAACUAUAUGAGAAGCUCAUCAGUGGGAAGUAUAUGGGGGAACUGGUCAGACUUGUCCUGAUGAAGUUGGUGAAUGAAAACCUGCUGUUUAACGGUGAAGCAUCGGAGCAACUGAAGACACGAGGGAGCUUUGAGACUCGAUAUGUCUCACAGGUGGAGAGUGACUCUGGAGACAGGAAGCAGAUCUACAACAUCCUGUCAUCCUUGGGCGUCUUGCCCUCAGAGCUGGACUGUGACAUUGUGCGUUUGGUAUGUGAGGUCAUCUCCACCCGCUCCUCCCACAUGUGCGGUGCAGGUCUGGCCGCCGUCAUCAACCGCAUGAGAGAGCGCCGCUGCCAGGACACUCUGAACAUCACUGUGGGCAUCGACGGCUCUGUCUACAAGCUCCACCCAUAUUUCCGCGAUAGGUUCCAUAAAGUGGUGCGAGAGCUGACACCGAACUGUGAAAUCUCCUUCCUCCAGUCUGAAGAGGGCAGUGGUCGAGGGGCAGCGCUCAUCUCUGCUGUGGCCAGUAAGAUGGCUGCUGCGUGCUGACAUAAGAACUACCUGCACAAUGAGGAGGGACGCUCAGUAAAGACAUGUCAGAGCCUCAACUCUCAUUGUUUAACUGUUGCUGGUGUGAAGUCAUAAAAUGACUGAGCCAAAAAGUCUUGAUGCAAUACUGUAACUAAUGUAAAUAUUUCAUUCACUUUACCCAGUGGAUGAAGACUCCAGUGUUAUUCAUUAAUGAUGUUUGAAAAAGCCCUGGCCUAUUUUAGGGCACUGCUGUAAGCUAUUAUUCUUAUAAUGAAAUGUUGUACAUACAAAAUCCUUUGUUGUUUAUAAAAGUUUGUCUGUACUGUAACUGUAUAUUUAAUACUGUCCUGUUUGGACUUGUAUUAUAUAUCGCUUUGUUGCGCUUAACUGU